AUGUCCCAAGAUGACUUGGAAAAAGUCAAGGAAGAGAGCGAGGAGCUGAACAACCUCUGGGAGGAGAAGCGUGCCGAUGCUUGCAACGGCCGCAAGCGUAAGCUAUCCGCGGUGGACCUCACCACUUACAAGAAGGAAGAGCAGUACGCCGACUUCUUCCAGGAGGGCAGGUCUACAGCCCGGCGGAGACCUCUCAUGUUUGCAAUAGUCUACGCUUGGGAGUUUGAGGAACUCCAGGUUUCCGUGACAAAGCGGAAUGGGAUGAACGUGGAAGAAACCCAUGACGACGGCAAAGAGGCCGCUGCGGUUUACCGUGAGGAAACAGCUGCAUUGGCAAACUUCCGUGCCGGCUUGCAGUCUGAGACUGCAGUUGAUGAGAGGAUUGCGGAGCACCAGGCCAUGGAGAGCGACUGGACAGAGCCGGAGGUGGACCAGGGUGAUGCUGGGGGCCUGGAGGGCAAUGACAACGAUGAGAAUGCCCUGGAUAUGGAGUUUGACGAGUUGGUUGCGGCCGGGAAGCCGUCCGGGUCGAGUCGCCCUUCCGGGGCUGGCAAGGCCCGGAAGCCAAAGUUGAGCAGUGACGUUGGAAGCCCCGGGCGUCUAAGGAGAGCCAGCAAGCAGCAGCUGCAGCUCACGGACAGGGCGUCGCCGGCAACACCGCCAGCGACGGCUGCUGGCGUGCCUGAGACGGGCGGAACUGCUGCCCUCGCCCCUGGUGCCACUGUGAAGCCGGCGGUCUCCAAGAAAGCCUUGGAGUUGUACGAGUCUAAGCGCCAGGCUGUGUCGGAUCUCGGUAUGUGGCAGGGCAAGGUGAAGAAGCGUGGGCUGGACCAAGCUGUGGAUGCCUUGGAAAAGCAUGCGCAGAAGCUUCUUGGUGAUCCUGGGCAGAAGCAGCUGAUGGACGACAUGCUUGGCUUAGUGGAAUGGGCUCCAAAGAAGUUCCAGCUUUUGAGCGCGCUCCGAAAAACGCCAGCGGAUUAUGUGUCCCAGCUGACCGAGGACGAUCGUGAGUGCAUGCAGAAGCUGGAUCCCUCCCUGAUGUCCACCAUUGUGAUCCAGACGGCAGGAAAUCUGAUGAAGGACAUGGACCAGGACCCUGAGCGUGCCAAAACGAUCAUGAACUUGAUUGCGUUUGAGCCAGCCUCGAACUCCACCGGCUUCUGCUUGGCACUGUACAAAUCCAUGGUAGAUGACAAGCGUGCAGGCCUGUUGCAGACUCAAGUCAUGACGAUGACGCUGGACAAGAUCUGGCGCAUGAAAGCGGACGACAAGAUUCGCAACGUGAUUGGCGCGCUGCAAGUGACGCCGAUGGACUUGUUGACCUUGUCCCCUGAGUGGCGACCUUCGGAUAUGCCUGUGGCCGGGUGCCGCUGGUCCACACGUGUUACCUUCGAAGUCCAGGUGGCACGUAGCCUCUGGACCAACUACGGUCAGGCUGGUGGAACCGCUCUGGAGAACAUGAUCGCCCGUGCCAUCGUGGAGAGGAAGAGCUUGCUCACGGAUGCAACAAAGUUAAAGUUCAUCUAUUACUGGCUGGCUCUGAGGCAGCGCAUGGCGAAACUCGAGUUUGCCGCAUCCCAGUGCAUCACGGCAGCCUCUGUGGGCGAGGAGUGCAAAAGAGUCGUCCAGCGGUAUCCUUAUACCAUUGUGGAGGAGAUGAAGGAGAAGGCGGACGACUUCUUCUACAUGAAUCGCAUCAGUACGACCACUUGUGCAGAUGCCGUGCUGGCUGCCAAAGUCUGCCAUUUGCAACUUGGGCCUGUGUCCAACAGCCUCGAGACCAGCGGCGCGGAUGCCAAGCAGCUGACCGACUACAUGGUCGAGAUGGCUGAGAUUGUGAAGGCAAGGACGCCAGGCGUGAUGAGGGAAAUUCUUGCAGUGAUGAAGGAUGAUGUGGACCUCACGCAUGAAUCAGCUGACAAGAAGAAGGCAUUGCUCGAGCACUUGUCUGAGCCAUCCCAUUUCAAGAACUUCUGCAAGCUUGCAAAAAUGUUCGAGGUGGAUGGCUGGUCAGGGAUGACCGACACCGGUGUUGACACCGUGGCCUUUGCUAUUGCAGACGGGGCUACUGUCCGGAUCAGGACCAUCCGUGCGGAGGCAGACUUGACACCGCAAACGUUCUCCACGGCGGCGCAAGUCAUCCACAAGCUACAGACAUUAAGCAAGGCCGCGAAGGCAGCAAAGGAGUAUGUGGAGGAAUGCAGCUUCAGUGGGCUGGUGCUGCCAGACAAGAUGAAGGAUGUUACAGUGGCGACGUUGAACAUCGCUUCCAAGCUUCAGGACCGUCCAUUGCUUUGGUGUAAGUCGCUGAUGCAGAAGGGCCAGACUUCGGGGCUGCUGGCUCUUGACGCCAGUGUUCGUGCAAACGUUGGUGCUCCGGCAGAACGGCUUCUGCGCCUAGCGCAGGUUGUGGAGGAUGCCACGAAGCCGACGGACCAGCAGCCGGAUCUCUUCGCGCUCGACAAGUACCAUGACAAGGCGCUGCUGAGCAGCUGCGUCGUGAAUUUCAUUGAGGUUCACGCGGCCAUCUCCGAGGGCGGCGAAUCCUUUGAUCUACAGAAGCUGCGGCAGGUGACGGCAAGCCUGGUCGCGAAGCUGGGCACAACCAUGAUGGACACUGCCCAGGCGAUCAGCGAGCUAAAGACUAAGACCUUGGCUGCUGCAAUCCCUAGGUUGGAGCCUUUGCAGCAAGCGCUGAAGGAUGAAGACAAGACAGUCGCGCAGACCCUGUGCCAGAAGCUGAACGAGGAGACCCUGACGUUGGAGUGCUCUAAAGGCGUGUGGGUGAAAAUAUGCGAGUAA